ACUUAGUGGUAUGAUUAAUCGAAUGACUUGCAGUGUUGGUUUAAGAAAGGUAUAUAAGAAGUUGAAAUUUCGUAGCAAUAUUGAGUGGGGCCGUACACCGACGACGUCACGAUGAAGUUUCUUAUCUCCGUUAUCCUUGGCCUGGCAAUCGCCGCAUCCGUUUGCGAGGCAUGGUGGUGGAGACCUUGUAAGGGAAAACAUUGCAGAUACGGUGGUGGAGGUGGCUAUGGUGGCGGAUAUGGAGGAGGCGGUGGCUUUGGGGGAGGAUAUGGUGGAUACGGAGUUGGCGGUUACGGUGGUGGAGGCGGUUACGGUGGCGGUUACGGAGGCGGUUACGGUGGCGGUUACGGAGGCGGUGGCGGUGGCGGAGGUGGAUACGGAGGUUAUGGAGGUUACAUGGGCGGCUACGGUGGAUACAGUGGUGGUUAUGGAGGAGGAUACGGUGGUGGUUAUGGAGGCGGAUACGGGGGUGGUUUUGGAGGCGGAUACGGGGGUGGUUACGGAGUGGGAGGUUUCGGAGGCGGUGGAUAUGGAUAUGGUGGAGGCCGAAUGGGAGCUUACUGCAAAUGCCGAAAGUGGUGCAGCUGGAAACAGAAAUUUGUUGGUCGUUGCCCAUGGUGCAAGAAGGGCUGCAAACUUGUGCUCUGCUGCAAAAGGAGGUGGCACUAAGCUCGUAGCGACAAGACCUGAUAGUAUCAAGGACAACGACUCGAUGAGCUUUUGCAUAACUAUUGCUGAAAAUAAUAAAAAAAUAAUAAUAAAGCAUCGAAUUUGUAAUGUU